CAGCAUUUAGUUUUAGUAUUUUAAAAAUAGUAUUCUAUAUUCAAUGACAUUCUUUAAUUUUAACAUUCUCAAAAUUAAUCUAUAACAUUAAAAAAAUAUCUCAAAAAAAUUUAUUAUUUCAAUUUUUUUAUACCAAUUUUUUUAUAUUUUAUUUUUUGCCCCAAAAAACCAAAUUCUUUACCAAGAUUCCGAUAAUGAUGUCUCAACUUACUCCCCACCACACUGAUACCCGUGUGGUGUGGUGCCGCAUCCAUUCCUGCUUAACAUUUGGAUCUCUGGGUCGGAUUUUCCCUCUUUCAUCUCUUUCUUCUUUCUUUAAUCCAAGCUCUCACUGCCACCCACCGAUUCUCCCCUCAGAUGGACAUGGAAAUGAGAUCCUCAGUUUCUGCUCUUCUCUUCUCCCCAAGCGAUUCUUGAUUCUGGGAUGGAUUCUUUCUUCAUAUCGGAGCUUCCCAAUCCACAGAUUUCUUAAAUUGCAAUCUGGGAAAUUUUAUGCAUUGUUAACUCUCUUUGAUGACUCCAAGAUGAUGACUGGAGAAGAAUCUCUCGAACAUGAUUUUGAAUCAUUGAGUGUCUCGAAACGUUUGGUUAGAUGCGUUAGCCAGAAGUUGAAGAAGAAAACCCGAACAAAAGAGAAAAAUGAAGAAGAAGAAGACGAGGAAGAAGAGGAAGAGGACGAUGAUGCUAGGGGCAUUUCUGUAAGUUGUCUAAUCAGCCUUUACGGAAGGGGCGGAGUCUGCAGAGUGGGUGCUGAUGUUACCGACGAAGAUCUCGGGAAUAAUACGCAACGAAGAAGACAUUCGAGCGCAAGCAACGAAAGAAGAAAGCACAUCCCGGGCCCCACCAUGGACUGUUUCUCUUACGCAAUGCGCCACAAGCUCUUGAGAAGAAAGAGGAGUACCAACAACAGAAAGGCGGCGUUACGUGAAAACGGGAUUCCGGAAAACGUCUUUAUCCCCGACGACAUCUUGGAAAUGUGCUUAGUUAGACUCCCGCUGGUCAGUCUCAUGAACGCCCGAGUCGUUUGCAAGAAAUGGAAAGCCCUGACCGGCACGCCCCGGUUCUGGAACAUGAGACGGGACGGCCCGUUUCAAAGCCCGUGGUUGUUCCUCUUUGGUUUCGUCAAGAACGGGUAUUGCUCUUCCGAGAUUCACGCGCUGGACGUCUCUCUCAACGAGUGGCACAAGUUCGACGCCGAGAUACUCAAGGGGAGGUUUCUGUUCUCCGUUGCCGGCAUCCGAGACGACGUGUAUGUAGUCGGAGGUUGUUCGAGUUUGGCCGACUUCGGGAAGCUCGACAAGAGCUCUUACAAAACCCACAAAAGUGUGUUGGUCUUUAGCCCCGUCACCGAGUCGUGGCGGGAAACUUCCUCCUUGAAACACGCAAGAUCCUCGCCCGUUCUUGGGGUCUUCGAAGUCGGUUCCGAUGUUUUCGUUUCUAAAAACCAACAAAACCGGUCGGAAAGAUGGUUCUACCGGACGAGGGUUGCUGGUGUUUCCGAGGUUUACGAGGACCCUCACAGGCUUUCGGUCAGGCGGGACCACGGGCAGCCCGAGGAGGAGAACGAGGCUUCUUUCGUGCCAAUUCCGUACAAGUUAACGAGACAAAAAAGUGAACGGGUUGAUAAAGAUCAUCGUCGUCAUCAAAGACGGUUCGUCCUGAUAGCGGUAGGCGGGUUCGGAUGUUGGGAUGAGCCAUUAGAUUCGGGAGAAAUUUACGACUCUGCUUCGAACAAAUGGACGGAGAUCCAGAGGUUGCCGGCUGAUUUUGGGACAGUCUGUUCAGGUGUUGUCUGCAGAGGGCUGUUCUAUGUAUACUCAGAAUCGGACAAGCUUGCCGCGUUUGACAUAGAAACAGGCCGGUGGGUCGGGAUCCGGACCGCCCGGUUCCCGUCCCGCGUCCACGAGUACUGCCCGAAGCUCAUUUCGUGCGACGGGCGCCUUUUCGUGCUAUCGGUCUCGUGGUGCGAGGGGGUCGGCGAAAUCGGGAGGAGAAACAAGGCGGUCCGGAAGUUGUGGGAGCUCGACCUUACGCACCUUACAUGGAAAGAAGUCUCCAUUCAUCCGGACGCGCCCAUGGAUUGGAACGCCGUGUUCGCCUCCGAUAAGAACCUCAUAUUCGGGGUCGAGAUGUUCAAGAUCUUCGGGCAGGUUCUCGACUUCUCGACCGUGUGUCGCGUCUCGGAAACCGAGACGAAAUGGAGACACGUCUCGAGGAAUUAUCACGUCGCGCGCGAGCUCGACGCCUCUUCUUGCGUGACAAAAUCCAUGGCAGUUCUGCAUUUGUGAAUCAUCAUCAUAUGGAGCCAUGGUUGGGUUUAAAAUUGCAUUCUUUGGUGAUGUAUGAUCCUCUUGUAUUUGUAUGUUGCCAUAUGGAAGGAAUAAUAAUUCACAUAUUUU